AUGUCCGCGCUGCAAGAGCUUCGCAGACAAGUUUACCGGCAUCUCCUCUUCAACCUACUCGGACGUGAGGAUGGCAAAUUCAAUGUACUUCUUGAAUACAGCAAAGGCCUUGAAGAUCUGCUAAACACCUCCCAGCCCUCCGUCAUCCGCCUCGGCAUCCUCCUCCUCCUCUUCGACGUCUACCUAACCUGGGCCCGCAUCGAAAAAGCCACCCCUUCCUCCCCAUCCCUCCCCCUCUCCCCACCACCGCCCUUCCCACCCAGUCCGGCCAACCACACCAACACCACCCUCACCACUCAAACCACCACCUCCGACGGCCCCAACUUCCUCGCCACCCAACCAAUCCUCCUCCAAUACAUCUUCUUCCUCGCCCUCUGCGCCAUCGAAACCAUCUCCUUCCACCUCCCCAUCCAAUUCCUGCUCUCGAUCCGCCUGCCCCGGCCAUUUUCAGCGGUAGUACCGCAUUAUCCGCACCGAGCGCUGAUCAGCACGGCGUUGCUGGUGAGCAGUUUUACCAAGCUGUUCCCGCUGCUACUGUUGAUUUGGAAGUAUGAUCUGCCGAGCAGUGCGUCGGCGGUGAGCUGGGCGGUGAUUAUUAACAAUGUCGCGGCGUUGGCGAUUUUGUUGGAUUGUGGGUAUGUGAGGGCGGGCGUGUUGGCGGCGGUGGGGGCGGUGUGUCGGGCUGGGGUUGGGUGGUGCAUUCUACGUACCGUCGGUGUGGGUGGGGGAGUAGCUGCGGCUGGCGUGGUGGAAACGGAGGACUUGAUCGAAGUGUGGCACAGACUGGCAGAAAGCGCAGGCUUUGGGUGA